ACACGAGCCGUCGUGGUUGAGUGGACCGUUAAGGAGCGCAGCAUCAUCAGCAGCAUCUUCUCCAACCUGGACUAUGAAGAUGUUGGUCCCAAGGCUCUGUGCAGGUGUCUGAUCGUUUACCCCUGGACUCAGAGGCACUUCAGCACCUUCGGAAACCUCUACGAUGCCGAGGCCAUCAAGACCAACGCGAACAUCGCAGCUCACGGCAUCAAGGUGCUGCACGGUCUGGACCUGGCUGUGAAGAACAUGGACAACAUCAAGGAAGCCUACACCAAGCUGAGCACCCUGCACUCAGAGAAGCUUCACGUGGACCCCGACAACUUUAAGUUGCUGGUCGACUGCCUCACCAUCGUCGUCGCAGCCAAAAUGGGAAGCGACUUCAAACCAGAUGUUCAAGCCACCUUCCAGAAGUUCCUGGCCGCGGUGGUGUCUGCUCUGGGAAAGCAGUACCACUAAACCCAGAAGCUUCCGCUCCUGGAUACAAUUGAGGAGACAGAUGUCCACGUGUCUCAUCAAUAAAGAAAUAAAGUCGUCCUGAAGAAAAAUA